CCACCCUCUCCCAUAAUGUCGGUGGUGCUGGCCAAGACCGACUCCGAGGUUAGCAGCCUCACGCACUCGUCGCCCAGCUCGCGGCGCCCGGUGUACUAUGUCCAGAGUCCGUCACGGGAUUCGCACGAUGGGGAAAAGACGACGAAUUCGUUCCACUCGAGCCCAGUUCUUAGCCCAAUGGGGUCCCCCCCUCAUUCGCAUUCCAACUCUUCGUUGGGCCCUCACUCACGUGACUCCUCCUCCACCCGAUAUUCCGCCUCCGUCAAGCCCGGAUCUCGCAAGGCCGCCAAUCACAAGAUUCCCAAGCCUUGGCAGCGCUUCGAUGCCAUUGAAGAAGAACGCCUCCUCGAGGACGACGGUAGCUCCGAGGGGUUUAGCCGCCGAUGCUACUUCCUUGCAUUUGUUAUUAGUUUUGUGGUUCUUUUCUCUCUGUUUUCGCUGAUUUUGUGGGGUGCCAGCCGGCCUCAGAAACCUACCAUUCUCAUGAAAAGCAUUUUGUUUGACAAGUUCGUGAUCCAAGCGGGGGCAGAUUUUUCAGGAGUGGCGACUGAUCUGGCGACGAUGAACGCGACGGUGAAGUUCGUAUUUCGAAAUACGGCCACGUUCUUCGGCGUUCAUGUCACUUCCACUCCACUUCAGCUUUCCUAUUCCCAGCUCACACUUGCCUCUGGAACCAUUCAAAAGUUCCACCAAGGGAGAAAGAGCCAACGAGCCAUAGCGGUAACCAUGAAAGGAAGCGGCAUUCCGUUGUACGGAGGUGGAGCCAGCCUGAGCAGCGUGAAUGGAAAGCCGAUCGAACCGGUUCCCCUGAACCUUCAAUUCACGGUCCGGUCCACAGCGCAUGUGUUGGGCAAGUUAGUGAAGCCCAAAUUCUACAAGAGCGUGGAUUGCACCGUGGUCAUGGACCCUGCCAACAUGAACAAGCCCAUCUCCCUCAGGAAUAAGUGCUCCUACCGGUCAUCAGGUUAAAAAUAAAAGAAUAUUUUACUUAUAUUCAUAUAUGAUUGUUGUUCACAUUCACAGUUUUAUAUUUUAUGAUAUGAUUUUUUUUUUUUUUUUUUUUGGGU